AACUAUAUGACGCGGCAUAACAGUCUUCAACAGUUGCUCAUUGAUAAAACUUUAAGAUACCAAAAUUCAACAAUCGAAUAACACAAAGUACUUAGUAUAAAUAUACACUUAAAAUAUUAUUUUUUAAAUUAUUAAUAUAUUUGUACUUAAAUAUACAACAGUAAAGAUGGUGUGUGCAUGUACUAUGACAAUUAUUGCGAUACUUUAUAUGUUAUUCGACGUUAAUUAUUUUCUCAGAAUAGCAUUCACGAUUACUUGGGGAAGACUUUUUCAAAAAAAGAAAAAAAUAUUCGAAAAAACAUCUAUUUAUGGUAUCUGUACAUCCCAAGAUGUUGAUAUAUUUUUGAAACACAUGAACAAUGCGCGAUACCUACGAGAACUUGACUUUGCACGGUUCCAUUAUUACGAUAGAUCAGGAAUCUACGGUGAAGUGAGUCGUCGAGGUGGCGGAGCCGUCCAAGGUGCAUCAUCGACUCGUUAUCGACGUGCACUUGCUAUUUUUACGCCAUACAAAGUAACAACUCAGUUAAUUUACUGGGAUGAAAAAAACUUCUACCUUGAACACGAAUUUAUCAGUCUGUCGGAUAAUUUUGUCCGCGCAGUCGUCCUGAGCAAACAGACAGUCACCGGCUUAAAGGUCCCUGUGUCAGAGAUCAUUGCCAAAGUCGAACCCACCGCACAGAGACCCGAGAUGUCAAAUGAACUUAAACUUUGGCUUGACUCUAUGGAAGAGUCAUCACAAAAGUUAAGGAAACGCAACUAAAUUAUUCACUGUUUUUUUUUUUUUUUUUUUUUUUUUACUUUUCAUAUUUAUAUUUAUAUU